GGGCUGAAGGAGGAGGUUGUGGACAGUCCCUGAAAGUGCUUUAAUGCGAACUGUCAGUGCUGUUAGAAGUUAAUGAUAUAAAGAUGAAGAGGCAAGCCGGAACAAAUGCAGUUACUCUUUUUAUGUAGCUGUUUGGUAUUCAUGGAUGAAAAAAAGCAACUUAGCUUUCUCUUUUCAUCUUUUUCCUGGAAUAAUCCCUUAUAUUUGUUUAGAUAAGAGGGUUUUCUGAAAUUAUUUGUCUCAUAUACUCCCCCUCCCCAACGCCCCUCAGCUAUCCAUAAACAGGCAGACCAUGCCUUUAUCUUGUCCUGGUUGGAUGCACAAAUCCUCUUUAUGUGCACUGCUGCUUGCCCCGUUGCCUAGACGAUAACUUGCUUGCGCUGAAGAUGUCUGGCUCUCGUAAAGAGUUCGAUGUGAAGCAGAUUUUAAAAAUCCGAUGGAAGUGGUUUGGUCACCAGCAAUCUCCUCCUAAUCCUAGCGGAGACUGCCACCCAGGAGAUUUUUGGGACAAAGGACCGAACAAGACAACUGGAAUAAAGUUUUUGGAUCCAGGGAACCUGUCACUACCUUUUGCCUCAAUUGGUUUCCAAAGGUCCAACCAGAAGAGUUUCCAGAAUUCAUCCUCUUGGCCAAUGGCAUUCAGCUCCGACGUGCCUGCAUUUGAGCUCACCACAGAGGACGGUGGAGGUGCACACUGGCUUGAGGGAGCUGGUGCUGGGGAGGGACUCAGUGAAGAAGAAAAUGUAUCUGAUAGCAGUUCAUGCAGGACGUCCAACAGCAGCCAGACUCUGGCGUCUUGUCAUACUAUGGAACCCUGCACAUCUGAUGAAUUUUUUCAAGCCCUCAAUCAUGCAGAACAGACUUUUAAAAAGAUGGAAAAUUACCUGAGACACAAACAGUUGUGUGAUGUGGUAUUAGUUGCUGGUGAUCGCCGCAUUCCUGCACACAGAUUGGUGUUGUCAUCUGUCUCAGACUACUUUGCAGCCAUGUUUACUAAUGACGUAAGAGAGGCAAGACAAGAAGAAAUAAAAAUGGAAGGCGUGGAGCCAAAUGCACUCUGGGCUUUGGUGCAAUAUGCAUACACAGGUCGCCUUGAAUUAAAGGAAGAUAAUAUUGAGUGCCUGCUGUCUACAGCUUGUAUUCUCCAGCUCUCUCAGGUUGUAGAAGCUUGCUGUAAGUUCCUAAUGAAACAACUUCAUCCGUCAAAUUGCCUUGGAAUCCGCUCCUUUGCUGAUGCGCAGGGUUGCACAGAUCUGCACAAAGUGGCUCACAAUUACACAAUGGAGCACUUCAUGGAAGUAAUCAGAAAUCAAGAAUUUUUGUUGUUACCUGCCACUGAAAUUGCAAAACUUUUAGCAAGUGAUGACAUGAAUAUUCCUAAUGAAGAGACGAUCCUCAAUUCAUUGAUUACGUGGGUACGACAUGAUUUGGAACAAAGAAAGAAAGAUCUCAGUAAACUCUUGGCAUAUAUCAGACUGCCACUGCUUGCACCACAGUUUUUGGCAGAUAUGGAGAACAAUGCACUUUUCAGAGAUGAUAUUGAAUGUCAAAAACUUAUCAUGGAAGCAAUGAAGUACCAUUUAUUGCCAGAGAGAAGGCCAAUGUUACAAAGUCCGCGUACAAAGCCUAGAAAAUCAACUGUUGGUGUAUUGUUUGCAGUUGGAGGCAUGGAUGCAACUAAAGGAGCAACAAGCAUUGAAAAGUAUGAUCUUCGCACCAAUAUGUGGACUCCUGUAGCAAAUAUGAAUGGGCGACGACUACAGUUCGGAGUAGCAGUGUUAGAUGAUAAGUUGUAUGUUGUUGGUGGUAGAGAUGGAUUGAAAACAUUGAAUACUGUGGAAUGCUACAACCCCAAAACAAAAACUUGGAGUGUGAUGCCUCCUAUGUCCACUCACCGGCAUGGACUUGGUGUGGCCGUUUUAGAAGGUCCCAUGUAUGCUGUAGGAGGACAUGAUGGCUGGAGCUACCUGAAUACUGUGGAAAGAUGGGAUCCGCAGGCACGGCAAUGGAAUUUUGUGGCUAGUAUGUCAAUUCCAAGGAGUACCGUGGGGGUAGCUGUAUUAAGUGGAAAGCUAUAUGCAGUUGGCGGUCGAGACGGAAGUUCUUGUCUCAAAUCUGUGGAAUGCUUUGAUCCCCAUACUAACAAAUGGACGCUCUGUGCUCAGAUGUCAAAGCGAAGAGGUGGCGUUGGAGUCACCACCUGGAAUGGGUUCCUCUAUGCCAUUGGAGGUCAUGAUGCACCAGCUUCCAACUUAACGUCAAGGCUGUCUGACUGCGUUGAGAGGUAUGACCCCAAAACAGAUGUGUGGACUGCUGUGGCGUCAAUGAGUAUUAGCAGAGAUGCAGUGGGAGUUUGCCUUCUUGGAGACCGACUGUAUGCUGUUGGUGGAUAUGAUGGACAAACCUACCUUAACACAGUGGAGUCCUAUGAUCCCCAAACAAAUGAGUGGACACAGGUUGCACCAUUGUGCUUAGGAAGAGCAGGAGCAUGUGUUGUGACUGUGAAACUCUAAUGAUGAAGAUGUCCUUCUCUCCUAUAAAUACUCAGUAGAGGAGGCAGAUUUCCCCAAAUUGCUAAAUUAUAAUGAAACAAGGUACUGUGUAUCUUCACAAGACGAAGCAUUUGGUCUUAAUCCGUUACCUAAAGUUUUUUUUAAUGGACCAACGUUAUGCACUUUUUAAAAUGAGUAAUGCAAUUUGUGUACAUUUAUUUGGAACUACAUACUCUGCAUUCAGAUGGCAUAUUACAAAUACAGAAGUUGAAAAAUGGUUUGCACAUACAGAUUUUGUUUCUUUCUGUAGAGACUUUGCAGGCAACUUUUAGAAGCCUGGACACACAAUAUAUAUAUAUAUACACAGACUUUCAUUUUCAUAUGUGGACUUUUGACAGUUCAGAAUGCAUUGACCUUGCUUUAUUCCAAAUCUUUUGUCUCCAUUGUUCUACAUCUCAUUAUUAUUAUUAUUAUUACUAUUAUUAUUAGGUACAAAGAGAAGUGAAAUGUAUUGAGUGUACCACAUGCCUUUGAAAUGUUCAUGUAAUGCCUGGACUCUUUUCACACAGGUGACUUUUUUAGUCUUUUUGUUUAUUUAACCAAAGCCUUACUUUAAUUAUUGUCUUAUGCUAUGGAAUACAUUCUUAAGAACUUUGCACCAUCUAGCAGGGUUGCAGGAGUUAUUAAUCUUUUAUGUAACUUUCUGUUAUAUGCUGUACAAAUGUAUAAAUAAUUCCAUCAUAUCUUUUUUGUGGAUCACUUCUUAAAAGCAGUUUCAGGAGAGAAGAGUUCAGACGUGUUUCAUAGUGACUUUCAUUUGUAGUUUCUGGAACAUUCCAUGAUUUAGAGUUCUCUGAAGCUAACUUUAAUUAACUUUGAAUGAGGAGUUUAAACACUUCUAAGUAAGUAUUUAUAGCACUUUUUGUGUUACUCUGACAAAAAGUGGGCAUUAUCCUACAAGUGGUGGAUCCAUUGAGAAUGUUCAGCAUCUUUAAAAAAAAUGCUGUUAUUUCCAAGGAUCAAACUUGUGUUAUUGAAGUAUGUAGUACUGUAACAGAUUUUCUUUAGAAUUUGCCUUAAGUUGAUUUCUUACACUCCUCAAAAUUCCUUGGGUAUUCUAAGUGCUGUCUGAAAAUUUUAUAUUUUCUUUUGUGCCUUGUUUCUUAUGUUUUCAUAGAUGGUAUGUAAACACACAUUCUUGUACUUUAUCAUAAAAAUAUAUGAAUAUGUAAACUCAAGGGACUUUUUCUGACAAUAAAUUGAAAAUAUCUGAUAA